AUGAAGUUCACUUGGACAACGCUCCUUCUACUCUCUACCAGGGUCACGGCCCUGACCAUCCCUCAGACAGAGUCUACCGAUCUCGUUGAACGAGAUGUGAUCUCCCUGCACUCCCUGGAUGCCACCCAGGACACAGAUGUCAUAACUCUGGAGAAACGGCGUGGCGGUGGUGGAGGAAGCCGAGGCGGCAGCAGCGGUUCGUCCAGCAGUUCAUCCAGCAGCGGAGGAAGCAGUGGAGGCCGCACCGGUUCUUCCGGCUCCUCCGGUUCAAGUGGCAGCAGUGGAGGCAGUCGCAGUGGUUCAAGCAAUGUUGGUGGUACAACUCGUGGCGGCUCUGGCACUCGAGCAACCUACGGCGGAGGAAACUACUAUGCCGGUGGUGCGAGCACUCCCUACAAGUCUGGCUCCCGGUCCGCUGGAGGAAUCGCCCCCUAUGUGCUCGGUGGAGCUGCACUGGGCUUCUUCCCGGGUCUUUGGCUGUACGGCGCCUAUGCCUACCCCUACAGCCACCACUACAAUUACUACAAUGACAGGAACCACCGGAAUGAGUCGCUCCCCAUUGUCUGUGUGUGCCAGGAGUACUCCGAAUGUGGCUGCGACAGCAACACUAACCGCACCUACUACGAGUCCCUUUUCAACGGCACCGUGCCUAAGAACUCCAGUCUUGUGCGUGUGGUCGAUGUGAACGGCACUCAGACCAUCUACAUCAACGGCACCUUGGCCAACGGCACCACUGCCGACGACAGAAGCUCGACAAACACCUCCUCGGCAUCUGGACCUGUCGCAAUGAUCCUGCAUGCCAGCGGGUACUGGGUGACGGUUGCCGUGGUAGUGGCUGCUGUCUGGGGAUUUUAA